AGAUCUCCGGGAACUCGGAGGACAUCCCUCUGGUACGCUGGCGGCAGCAGUGGCUGGAGAACGGCACUCUGCUCUUCCACAUCCACCACCAGGACGGCAGCCUGAACCUCCCAGAACCGACCGAAGACCCAGCCAACGAUUCCACGAAAGAGGAGCUCCGCAUCCUGCACAUCUCUGUGAUGGGCGGGAUGAUCGCCCUUCUGCUGUCCAUCCUGUGCCUGGUCCUGAUCCUCUACACUCGCAGGCGCUGGUGCAAACGCCGCCGCAUCCCUCAGCCCCAGAAGAGCGCCAGCGCCGAGGCGGCUAAUGAGAUCCACUACAUCCCGUCUGUGCUGAUGGGAGGCCAGGCCCGGGAGAGCUUAAGGAACUCCCGGGGUCAGGGUCCGAACUCCAGCGGAACCCUCAGCAUCCGGGAGACGCCGAUACUGGAUGGGUAUGAGUACGACAUUACUGACCUGCGUCACCAUCUGCAGCGGGAGUGCAUGAACGGAGGGGAGGAAUUUGCCAGCCAAGUCACCCGUACCCUGGACUCCCUCCAGGGCUGUAACGACAAGAAUAAUAUGGACCUCGCACCUGUGAGUGACAACACCAAGUUGGCCCUGAUGAACAAGUACAAAGACAACAUCAUCGCCACGAGUCCGAUUGACAGCAACCACCAGCAGAACACCCUGCUUCCACACAACACCUCCACCAGCCAACGCAAGCGCCUCUCCAGCAACACCCGUGCGGGUUCAACUUUCUUGAACCCAGACGGGGACUCUGGGACGGAGGCAGACAGCGAGCCUCAGCUGGCCUUUUACACCGACCCAAACCGCAGUCGCCGCCGGAGUCGAGCAGGUUCCCCGCGGAGCCCCAUCAAUAAGACCACCCUGACUCUGAUCAGUGUCAUCAGCUGCGUGAUCGGCCUGGUUUACUCGUCUCACCUCACCUGCAGCCUCGCCGUCCGGGUGAUCCUACACGUGCCGGAGCACCUCAUCGCCGACGGAUCAAGGUUCAUUUUGCUGCAGGGGAGCCAGUUGGACGCCUCAGACUGGCUCAACCCGGCUCAGAUCUUGUUGUACUACCAGCAGAAUGCCAGCGGGCCCUGGGUCAGCGAGCUGUGCGGACGGCGUCUCCUGGAUCCCUGCGAGCACCAGUGUGACCCCGAAACAGGAGAAUGCCUUUGCCUCGACGGCUAUAUGAAGGACCCGGUGCACAAGCACCUCUGCAUCCGCAGUGAGUGGGGGCCCAAUCAGGGUCCCUGGCCUUACACCAUCUUCCAGCGCGGUUUUGAUCUUGUGAUGGGAGAACAACCCUCUGAUCGCAUUUUCAGAUUUACGUACACCUUAGGAGAGGGAAUGUGGCUGCCGUUGAGUAAAAGCUUUGUCAUCCCUCCUGCUGAGCUCGCCAUCAACCCCUCAGCCAAAUGCAAGACAGACAUGACAGUCAUGGAGGACGCGGUAGAUGUAAGAGAGGAGCUGAUGAUCAGCUCGUCCUUUGACUCUCUGGAGGUCCUCCUGGAUUCAUUCGGACCCGUCAGAGACUGCACCAAAGACAACGGAGGCUGCAGCCGCAACUUCCGCUGCAUAUCCGACCGAAAGCUGGAUUCCACCGGCUGUGUGUGCCCUCCAGGGCUGAGCCCUAUGAAGGAUGGGACCGGGUGCUACGACCACCACAUUGGCAUCGACUGCUCCGACGGCUUCAAUGGAGGCUGCGAGCAGCUGUGUCUCCAGCAGCUGGCUCCUCUGGAGGACGACCCGACGCUCUACAACAUCCAGAUGUUCUGUGGCUGCAUCGAGGACUACAAGCGAGGUCCAGAUGGGAGAUCGUGCCUGCCGCUGUCUGAGGCCUGCACCGAGGGAAUCGACUGCGGGGAGGCGGCAGACAUCCCCGCCAACCAGACCGUGUUCGGAGACCUCUUCUACGGAUACAACAACCACACCAAAGAGAGCACCUCCGGACAGAUCCUCAAGGCCACGUUCAGGCAGAAGAACUUUGCCCGAGGCAUCGAACAGCAGCUCCCAGAUGGCAUGGUGGUGGCGUCGGUGCCAACGGAGGUUCAGUGCCAUGAGGAGCUGUCAGACCCUGUGCCCGACCCAGAAUACCUCACAGGUAUGGUGAACUACAGCGAGGUGUCUGGCUACCCGCUCGUUCAGCACUGGAGUCUGCGCUCGGUGCUGUACCACGUCAAACUCAAUCAGUGGGUCCUCUCUCAAGCCUUCAGCUCGGCCAUCCAUUCUCUGGACGGGGCGACGCAGCGGAGCGACUUUGUUUCCAUCCUGAGGGAGUUUGGGAACCAUUACGUGCAGGAGGCGGUGUACGGCUUCCAGGAGUCCUGUACCAUCUGGUACCCCAACAAACAGGUCCAGAGACAGCUGUGGCUGGAGUACCAGGACAUCAGCAAAGGUAACUCACCUUCAGAGGAGUCCGAGGAGCGCGACAAGGAGCCCAGGACGCUGACCUACCCUGCAUACAUCGCCAGUCUUCUAGACACAGGCGCCAAACGCAUGGCGGCCGGCGUUCGCAUGGACUGCAGCAGCCAGGGCCAGUGCCCUCGCUCCUGCCACCUCUGCCACAUGAGCCCGAGGGCGGCACAAGGGCGCCAGCAGUCCGAGCCCGUCCUGCUGCAGAUCACCAAGGCCGCGCCCAUCUACGAAUUGGUAUCCAACAACGAGACCUACCAGGCUCUUCAGGAGGCGAUGAUGAGCAUGCUGUGGUGCUCAGGCAAAGGCGAUGUUAUCGAUGACUGGUGUCGAUGUGAUUCCAGCGCUUUUGGCACGGACGGACUGCCCACCUGCGCCCCACUCCCUCAGCCGAUGCUGAAACUGUCUUUCACCUACGAGCCCAGCAGCUCAUUGGUCAUCAUGGAGUGGAACCACACCGAGCCGCCAAUCGGUGUCAGGAUUGUUGAUUAUCUCAUCAGCCAGGAGAAGGUGACAGAGAGGACCGAUCACUCUAAAGUUGAGACAGAAACCCUUUUGAGCUUUGUGGACGACAUCUUGUCCGGGGCCAGGUCUCCAUGUGUGAUGCUCGGGGACAUCCCCAACCUGCUGUCCUCUUCCAUCAGCAUGAUCAUCCGCUGCCUGGAGCCCGACACCACGUACAUGUUCCGGCUUUGGGCAGUAGACAACACAGGGCGCCGUUCCAGCCCAAGUGAGGUCACCAUCAAAACUCCAUGUCCAACUGUGGAUGACGUCAAAGCACAAGAAAUUGCCGAUAAGAUCUAUAACCUGUUCAACGGCUACACCAGUGGGAAGGAGCAGCAGACGGCAUACAACACUCUGAUGGACCUCGGCGCUCCCACACUGCACCGUGUGCUCUACCACUAUAACCAGCGCUACGAGAGCUUUGGAGAAUUCACCUGGAGGUGUGAGGAUGAGCUUGGACCCAGGAAGGCCGGCCUGAUCCUCUCCCAGCUCGAUGAACUGUCCCUGUGGUGUAAGGGUCUCCUUCAGGAGCAAAAGAUCGGCCUUCGCAGGAUGUCUCUCAAGUUCCUGUCCUGCCGUUACACUGACACCAAGGCCUUUGGGCUGAACUGGUCAGACAUGGGCCAGGACGUACACAAGGCCUGCGACGAGCAGACACUUGCUGUCAUGUAUAACGACUACGGUGAGCCCAAGGAGCUCUAA